AUGAUUGAAACUUUAAAGAUUAUAAUUUGGAAGGGUAUUACAGAAGGCGUCAUAAAGUUAUGGCGGCCAAAAGCCAACGCUACCAAGCUUAUAAACUUUAAAGAAGAACUGAAACAAAAACCUGACAAAUUCCUAGCAACAACAGCAAAGGAAUUUAACAGAGAAAUUGUUAAUGAAGGGGAAAGUGUUGAAGCACAGUACCAAACCGUUACAGCUAGGAAGAAAGAACACAUAACGUCAACAUCUGUUACAGUAGAGGAAUUGUUAAAGAAAAUUGUACCAGCUAAGAGUUUCCUUUACAGAAAUCAAACUAAGACUACAGAAAAGUUAGUAAACUCCUAUGUUCCCAUGGAUGCUGGAACACCAAAGAAAUCUAAGAAAUUCUUUAGAUUAAGUUCAUAUGAAUAUCCCCACUUUGAUAUGAAGCACUUUCGAAUGACUAAGAACGAAAAUUACAAUGACAGGGGUUAUUAUUCGAUUAAGACAAAUAAUAAACAUCAUACAGAAAAAAGGUUUAAGAAACAAGACAGAACUAAAUAUAAAACUUUAUCUACUCCAGAAGAAUUAAAUGAAAUGUUCCCCGAAGAACAUUUCUAUGAGGAUUUGAAUUACACAGACAAUAUGAAAGGUAUAAAUGAUUCAAAAGACAUGAAACCUCCAAAAUCCAAUAUUGUCAAAAUACAAGAAAUGUUUCAGUCUAUUAAGCUGCCGUUCUUCAAAAAAGGCGAAGAAUUAGAAGGAGAAAGAAAAUUGGAACAUUGUAAAAAUGUCGAAAAAGAAGAUGGACAUAUUUAUGAAAACAGUGACAGUUUAGGAGAACUUUAUGAUACGCCUAAGAAGAGGGAACCUUUGAAGGACCAAACUACGUUGGCAGUGGAGGAGUACCUGGAGCCAGUGCAAGUGAACAAGGAGUAUUGCGACGUUAGUGUCAGGAGAGACGAGUCACUUUUCAGUUACGUCAUGGGACUGUUCGAACAGCGCCUGCGCCUGCGACGCGAAACCAAUGACACAGUACAAUCAGAGGAAUCUGAUUCCAACGCGGACGAUGUUCAUGAAAUCGCAGUUGACGCACAGAAACCUUCCAUCGAUAAAAGAAAAACCAAUAUGGCGGACAGACCGUUGCCCGUGCCAGUUGAAAACGAACCUUACUACAUGGACAUAGAAAGAAGUGAAGCUGAGAAUCUGUUAAAAGGACAACCGGAUGGUACUUUCGUGCUGAGACCUUCCAGUCAGCCAAACCAUGCAUACACACUCACAGUGGCAUGCUCAAACGCAGUGCACAACGUGGGCGUCCGCCGCCGGCCCGACGGGCGGCUCGCGCUGGGCUACGCACGACGCGGCGAGCGUUGCUUCACCAACGUGCCGUCGUUGUUGCGGCACCAUAAGAAGCGGAGGCUACUGCUCGUUUCUGGAGGGUGUGUCUGCGGAGCGACCACGUUGAACGAAACGCCGCAGUAUUAUCAGACGCCUAAUAAUAUGCCGAUUAUGUAGGCUUCAAAGUAAUUUGCUUUAUACGCUCACAUUGUACACCCUUGGCAUAACAAAGCCACGUGAGGUCGUUCGUCGAAAGUGCUUUUACCACUUGGAAGUCGUAAAAAUAAUACAAAUUACAUAAGACAAUUUGUGUGAAUUAAAUAUAUAAGUAUAAAAAGUUACCAACUAAUUUCGUUCAUAGAAUCUUUAACUUCUCACUCGAAAAAUUGUUAUUUUGCAUUACAUGGCUUUAUUAAGUACAUAACUUGGAAAAUAAUUUGUGAAUUUUUCACAACUAGAUCCGCACUGAGCUAUAUCCAAUAAUAUGCUUACUCAGUACGCAUGCGGCUUGCCGAUAGCAAUUUACUUCAUCACCAAUAUUUUGAUGUCAUUGUGCUGUUAUAUUUCUCGCAAGUGACACUUUAUUUUUUCUCUGAAUUCAUAUUUAGUUGAUUGUUGUUUGGCUCUACUUAUCUCAGUUUUCAUUGUCUUUUUAAUAUUAUUGUACUUGCCAUUAUUUAGUAUUUUGUUUUAGAGUUAAUAUGUACGAUUCAUAGUACUCACAGAUUUAUAUAAGCCUUUAAGAAUUUAUUAGCAAUAAGUUUUGUAAAUCUUCUUAAAACGUAAGAAGAACAUUGCUGUAACAAAACGUUUAGGA